UGUUUCCACUGCAAGCCGCCAAAAACUGGGAACACCAAUUGUCAACCUUUGCAGGGAAGGACUACACUUAAUGCUCUAAUAAUAUUAACGUUGAAAUAGAUAGGUUUACAUUGUGAUAGCUAAUUAACUGCAUGCACUUUGCAUCAGCAUUAAUGCGUUUAGGGAUGUGAUAAUCAUAUUAUCCGUUGUUUUGGAAUAGCACGGAUAAUCAAUAUGAUUUUCUUUCAGCUACCGAAGGAGGCGCACUCGAGGUAAAAGCGAGGGACUCUUCAGGGACCAAUCAAAUGGCUUGGGGGCGCGGUUUUCCCCCUGAUCGAGAGAAAAGAAAAGAAAAGAAAAGAAAACUCGUGUGCUGGAGCCCAUUUCGUCAGGAAACAACUCCAGUCAAGUGAUGGAUGAUUUGACGAAGUUGGCCAGCGAACAAAACGCCACUUUGGUGGUGUUGAGCUUCCUCCAGUCGGACUGCAGCGUUGGUAAAGAGGAGUACAAGAAGGCCGUUUUCUCUUUGGGCAAAGAACUUACACAAACAUGGUUGAGUAGUUAUGAAGAACAUUAUGGAGACAUUGAAUGUGACGGAAACCUUCCCAUUAGCAACGCAGGUUCAAUCGACGACCUUGAGCCGUUAGUGGACUUUUACUGGCCUGGUGGUGAAGUCGAAGUGAGAGCCCUGCAGGAGGUUGGGGCCAGGCUGAGAGAAAUCGCUGACCAACUUGAGCGGAGUGUUGUGGACCAGGCUGCCCGAAACCUGCGCAGGAAUGUCAUGUCCUCACCGAGCGAACAGUGGCUGGACCUUCUCAAAAGCGAAGUGCACAGGGCCGUGAUGCAGGGGGUGGGCCUGGAGCAGCUGCCCCAGGAGAGAGUCAUCGUGGCUCUCAGCCUCACAAUUGUGAAGCAGGUCUGCGAACACACACCACAACUGCUCAGAGACCUCUUCAACACUGCGUUGCAGUAUAUCAGACCUCCGAGGGCAAUGUGACUCAGUGGCAGGGAUGGACCGUCACCUGAAUUGUUUACAGGGGGGAAAAAAGGGAAUGUUCAGCCAAAUUACAAAGACGAGCGUGGACGCAUUGUUUUUGAACGUUACUGUUAUUGUUGAAAAUGGAACGAAAGUUUUAAGUAUGUGAAUUUUGUCUCAUGUGCUCUUGUGAUCUGAUUUUUGUUAAAUGUUCAUGUAAACAGAAAAACUUGUAUAGUAUGCAUUCAAUGACCUCUUGUCACAAAAUGUCAGUUUUUUUUUUUUUUAAA